UCCACCUGCAGGGUGGCCACAGACCACAACUCAGACAACACAUCAGCAGUGCUGCGGGAAUGGCUGGUGGCCGUGAAGAGUUUGUACCAUUCCGUGGAGUGGCGGCCAGCAGAGGAGCCCCGGUCCUACCAAGAUGAAGAGGGCCCCAAACAUUGGUCUGACUCACGCUAUGAGCACGUCAUGAAGUUGCGCCAGGCAGCCCUGAAAUCUGCCCGGGACAUGUGGGCCGAUUAUAUCUUGUUUGUGGACUCAGACAACCUAAUCCUGAACCCUGACACGCUGACGCUGCUCAUUGCUGAGAACAAGACAGUGGUCGCGCCUAUGCUGGAUUCCCGGGCUGCGUACUCCAAUUUCUGGUGUGGGAUGACUUCUCAGGGCUACUACAAGCGCACACCCGCCUACAUCCCCAUUCGAAAGCGGGACCGCCAGGGCUGCUUUGCGGUUCCCAUGGUGCACUCGACCUUCUUGAUUGACUUGCGGAAGGCAGCAUCCAAGAACCUGGCAUUCUACCCUCCACACACUGACUAUACCUGGUCCUUCGAUGACAUCAUUGUUUUUGCCUUCUCCUGCAAGCAGGCAGAGGUCCAGAUGUAUGUGUGCAACAAGGAGGUGUAUGGCUUUCUGCCAGUGCCGCUGCGGUCACAUAGUACCCUCCAGGAUGAGGCUGAGAGUUUCACCCAUGUGCAGCUGGAGGUUAUGGUGAAGUACCCCCCAGCAGAGCCCUCCCGGUUUGUCUCAGUGCCUACCAAGAUACCCGACAAGAUGGGCUUUGAUGAGGUCUUCAUGAUCAACCUGAAGCGAAGGCGGGACAGGCUGGAACGCAUGUUGUGGGCACUGUGGGCACAGGAGAUCAAGUUCCGGCUGGUGGAGGCUGUGGAUGGGAAAGCCAUGAACACCAGCCAGGUGGAGGCACUGGGCAUUCAGAUGCUGCCCGGCUACCAGGACCCCUACCAUGGGCGGCCCCUCACCAAGGGAGAGUUGGGCUGCUUCCUCAGCCACUAUAACAUCUGGAAGGAGGUUGUGGACAGGGGACUGCAGAAAUCUCUGGUCUUUGAGGAUGACCUGCGCUUCGAGAUCUUCUUCAAGAGGCGCCUGAUGAACCUCAUGCGGGAUGUGGAGAGGGAAGAUCUGGACUGGGACCUCAUCUAUGUGGGCCGGAAGCGGAUGCAGGUGGAGCAUCCCGAGAAGGCUGUGCCCCGUGUGAGAAACCUGGUGGAGGCCGACUACUCCUAUUGGACACUGGCCUACGUCAUCUCCCUGCAAGGCGCUCGCAAGCUGCUGGCAGCCCGGCCACUCUCCAAGAUGCUGCCCGUCGACGAGUUCCUACCAGUCAUGUUCGACAAGCACCCAGUGUCCGAGUACAAGGCCCACUUCUCCCCCCGAAACCUGCGUGCCUUCUCUGUGGAGCCUCUGCUAGUGUUCCCCACACACUACACAGGGGAUGAUGGGUAUGUGAGCGACACGGAGACCUCGGUCGUGUGGAACAACGAGCACGUCAAGACUGACUGGGACCGUGCCAAAUCCCAGAAGAUGAGGGAGCAGCAGGCAUUGAGCCGAGAGGCCAAAAACUCGGAUGUGCUACAGUCCCCGCUCGACAGCGCUGCCCGGGAUGAGCUCUGAGGGGCAGUGGCUAAAGCACCACAGCAGCCUCCAGAAGCUUGCUGGGGACAGCAGGGCCCCUGAGGACCCCUGGCAGGCCGCAGAGGACUCUCCAUGCAGGGUGGUGGCCUGCCAGCUCUUGCUCAGCAAUCGUGCACACAGGCAGCAUUAAUGGAGUGCCUACUGUAUGCCAAGAAUAGUGUUUGGCACUGGGAGAUUGGGUGGGAACAAGCCAUCAUUCAUCUCUCCAUGUGCCUUACAUUUUUAAAGCAUUGACUGUGUACCAGGUUCAUGCAUGAUGGCAGUGAAUGAGGCAUAAUAAUUUCCUCAGUGAUGACUCAGUCAUCAAGCAUUUAUUGACACCCCCCACAAGAAUCAGGCACUAGUGAUACACAUUCAUUUUUUAAAAAUUAAUUUAAGUAUUUAUUGAGUGCCUACUGAAUGUUGGGCACCAUUUCAGGCUCUGAGAAUAUUGAGAUAAACAAGACACUUUCAUUUACUCAAACAUAUUAGGCACCUACUAUGUGCCCGGUACUUGUGACACAAAAGUUCUUAUUGACUCAGUGCUUUUAUUGAGUGUCUGCUUUGUGCCAGGAGCUGAGCUUGGUGCUAGGGAAGGUGUUUUUUCACUCUUUAAUUAGUUUCUUCCCCACACCUGAAGAGCACCUACUGCGUGCACCAGGCAUUAGUGAUACAAAACAGUAUACAGUUAUUCAGUCAGCAUUUGAUCACCCACGUGUGCUAGGCCACAGAGAUGAACAAAAAAUUACCUUUCAUUUCUUCAUGUGUUGGGCAUUUAUUGAGUGCCUGCUGUGUGCCAGACCUUGUGGGUUCCCAGUGGGGUAGAGAAUAGCUGAGCUUGUGUCCUUAUUUGUCCCCCAGUCUCCUGAGCUGUGUGCAGAUCACCACCCAGGAGGGAGGGUGACCAUUCUCUCACCAGGGCCUUCUGCUAGUCCCAAUAACCACAUGGCCAUGUGCAGGUUCCUGCCCCCAGCCCCCCUGGAGGGGGCAUGUUGAGAAGGGGGGCUGGGUCUCCCCUGCCUCCCCUGGUCCUGUUUGCUUGACCUCCCAGCCCGCAUCUCAGGUGUAGGCAUGCUGUCUGCCUGCUCAGUGGCAUUCCUCUCUGGAAGCCUUUGGCGGGCUCGGCAGCACUGGGGUGCUGUUUGCAGCUUGAGCAGGAUGUCCUCCAGCCUUGCUGUGCCUUCAGCCAGAAAUGAAUGUCAGAGCUGGCCAGCGGUCCUUUACUCUUGGGGAUGGACACUGCUCGCUGGGUCGGAUCCUGGAUAACUUGCUUAUUUUUUAAUUAAAUUCCUGGUUGAUUUUUCACAUAA